CACUUCUGGAGUGCAGGCUGAAGGGACUUAUCCUGCAAAGCCAAAUUAGAACAGAGUAUCCUCCUUAGCUUUAUUAGUCCCAACAGAGAUAGUCCCAGUGUCUGGUUCCAAGCCAACCUAGAUGAAAAUACUUCUGAGCAGAUGCAGAGUGCAUUUCCCAUACUUCUAAGGAACUACAGAGAGCCCCCCUUGGGGAUUAAAGGGGACGGUCACCAGAUCAGAGAUUCCCAGCAGGCUUGAGUCCUAGGAACUCUUUGUCUAGGUAGUAAGGACUAUUGGAAGGGCAAGUGAGAAACUCAUUCAGAAGGUCAACAGGAGCUCGUCUUGGAGAAUGCAGCUGAUUCUGGGGUGGAUCAUGGCUCUCCUUGAACCCAUCUCCUGCUCAGUGGCUCCAAGAGACCUGAAGAUCAAGUACUGUGUCAGCUUUUGGGCCAAAAACAUCACUUGCUACUGGGAUCUCGUGCCAGAGACAUCUCUCCUAACUACGUACACCCUCCAUAUCACAGAGGAAGCCGGGCGCUGCCGAUGGGAUUUUGGCGGUGCCAGGAGCUGCAUCGCCGCCCAGGGAGACCGGUCUUGUGGCAUUCCAGUGGAGAACCUCUUUGCCUUUUACAAAAUCAUAUUGACUGCAGAGAAUGAGCUAGGCCAGACUACCCAGGAGGAGAAGUGCAUUCAUGGAUUGAGCAUUGUCAAACUGCAUCCACCUGAGAUCUACAACCUUGUUGCAAACCAAAGCCAUUGCUUCCAGCUGGAAUGGCGUCUCUCGGGGGAUGAAGUCCUGUUGGCAGCUGAGGCCCAGUAUCAGAUUGGAUACCAUGACCUGGCAGAGACCGCCUGGACGCAGGUGAAUUUUACAGCGACCGAGAAUGUGCCAGCUUCAGCAACCAUUUGUGGGGCAUCCCCCUUCACCAACUAUUCUGUCCGGGUGCGAGCAAAAUAUCUCCCCAGUUCUUCCCUCCAAAGUGAAGAGACUCCCUUCUGGAGUGAGUGGAGUACAGAGAGAUUUGUGAGAACCCUUCCUACAGCUCCAUCCAGAGGCCCAGCUCUUUGGAGGAAAGUAGGACCACCUGGUAGUGAUGGGAAGAGAGAAAUUGUCCUAAUGUGGAAGCCCUUGAAACCCAAGGAAGCCAAUGGCGAGAUCCUAGCCUACAGCCUCCAUUCGCAGAGAGAGGGGCAGCCUGCUAUCCCACAAUGCUUCACUCAAGACUUGCAAUGCACACUCUUCCUCCAGGCUGGGGAGGGGUUUACCUUCUUUGUUACAGCCAGCAAUGCCAUGGGCACGUCUCCCUCAACCAAGCUUGUGGUACCACCAUCUGGAGGCCAAGAAGCACCACCUUCUCAGCUGCCGCUCCUGGUAUCACCAGCAAGUGACCACAGCCUCCUCUUACAGUGGUCCUUCCUCAGGUUCCCAAGGAUGAGCUAUGUCUUCGAGUGGGGCCGGCUGCCCAGAAAACCAGGGGAAGAACGCUGCUGGCGUUAUCACCCAGGGUCCGUCGAUCAUGUGGUCAUUUCAGAGGCCAUUGAGCCAGGAUACCUCUAUGACUUGGAGAUCUUUGCCCUCAUCGAUGGCCGUGUCUGGGGCUUAGGUUCAACCACAGCUUACUCAAAACAGAUUGCUCCUCGGCGUGCCCCAGUGUUAAAUCCGGCCCAAAUCUGGAAGUCCCAAGUGGAGCUGCAGUGGGACCAAAUCCCAUUGGAGGAACGGGGUGGAGAGAUCCGAAACUACACCAUCUGUUACGAGGAAGAAGGAAAGGAUGGGCAGUCAGCAGUGGUGCUGGACAGCUCCGCCCACCACUACCUCAUCGAGAGCCUGGGCCCUGGCUCUGUUGUCCAGGUCUACAUUGUGGCCACCAAUGACGGAGGAAGCACACGCGGAUCCACUCUCUCCAUUCGCACCAAAAACUAUGACAACCUUGAAGCGGAAGUGCUGUUCUCAGCUCUUUGUGUGGGAUUUGUCCUCAUCCUCUCUGGAUCUCUGGCCUGUCUCUGCAAACAGCGAUUGAUCCAGAACUACCUGUGGCCACAAAUCCCCAACCCAGCAAAAAGCAACCUGGCCUUGUGGAUGCCACAAAAAGUGUGUCUGGACUUUCCAGCUCGUGGUGCUGAGAAAUGGAGCACCGGCUAUCUCGGUCUGACCAUCGGUGACCUCUUGAGAGUCCUUCCAUCGAAGCAAGAGGAACCAGACCCAAAAGUGCUCACAGAGAAUAAGUGGCAGGUUGAGGUUCCUGGAGCCUGGCACAAAUACCCCCAGCCUACUCCCGUCAUUGGAAACAGGACUUUGUCUCGGAAGCAGGGGGAGCUGCCCCAGAAAUUCCCAGAAACCUGGAGUGAGGUGGAAUAUGCACGGGUUUUCAUAAUCCAAAAGAACAAUGACCCUGAAGAGUCACAGGUACACCCGACGGGGUCCCUUUCCAAACGCCAGGCUCCUCCAAGCUCCUGUCCUGGAGCAAAGUUUGGCAAAGGAAUCUGGCUCCAGAAUAUGACCUAUGAGGCCCUGCUAGAUGUUGGGUCCCGCAACAUGGCCUUUGAAGUCACAGGUGAAUUCCCCCUUCUAGUAAGUCUGGCCACAGUGGCAGGAGAUGUCUGGACUUCUGAAAGUCCACAAGGGGACUCCCAGAAGCAACCCUAACAUAUCUUGUGUGAUCCUAGCAGGACCUUAGAUCUGAACUAUCUGGCAGCUCCGGUUUCACACGUUGUUGUUGUUUUAAAAAGUAACUGGCAGAUAAGCUUCACUGCAGGAGCCCUCAUCUACAGGAUUUGAAAGUUUAAAGAUAAUUCCAGGAAUCUGUUCUACUAAACUAGCUCAAAUCCAAGGUCCAGCAGAGCGCUUAGCUUUGAUCUAGCUUGCUUUUGGACUGCUUGUGUUAACUGCCAAUAACUUCAUGAAUGUCAAACUAGCCAGAUCAAAGAGGGAGGCUUUGGAACUGACAUUUCAAAGGGGACCCACAAGCCAAACCUGCCUCAUAAAACGUCGGCUGAUGGUUCCAACACCUCUACUUGCUUUUGACUCUUUGAUGUCAGGAUUCUCUAAUGUGGGGUGGGGGGAUCCAUAGCUUUCCUUAGCACCAAACAUAUAAGGUUCGGUCCUUCAAACAUUGGCCAAAAGGUUAUGAAGCCAUAAGGGCUAGAAUCUGAGCAGGAGUGGAGGUUAACAGACAUUCUCAUCAUGUUAAAUUCUGCAUCCGGGAUUGAUUUCUUGGGAACAUGGAGCGCAUACUGGUUGGAAUAAGCUGCUUUUACAGAUUCCUUCUCGCUGGAGCAA